AUGAGCCAAACUGGUCCUAUUACUCAAUCUGAUAUUGUUAACAACCUUAUUCUGGGUGAAACAACUGAAGCUCCACCUCCAUUGGUACAAAGUAAUGAAACAAACAAUGAUGAAGAAAAUGCUAAUAAGAAAAGAAAUAUUGGAGAAGCUUCAAAAUUGGUCACAUCCAAUGAUCCUAAUGUUGUAGCUGGAGAUUCAGGUAACAGAAAACCUAUUAAACCUAGAUCUUGGACUUGGGAACAUUUUACAAAAAUAGGAUCAAGAGCUAAGUGUAAUUGGUGUGAUGUAACAUAUGUUUCUGAUUCACAAAGAAAUGGCACUAGUAAUUUGAAACACCAUUUGUUGCAUCAGUGUAAGAAGUUUCCAAAAGAGUCUCUUGAUCCCACUCAACAAACACUUGUUCUUCAACAAUUGAAAAAAGAAGAUGGGAAUGGAUCUGGUAGUGUUCUCACUGGUGUUCAUUUUGAUGUUGAGGCAUGUAGGAAAGCUUUAGCUAGGAUGAUUAUUGUUGAUGAGUUGCCUUUUAAGUUUGUUGAGGGAGAGGGGUUUCUUCAUUUUAUGAGUUUUGUGCAACCUAAACUCUCAAUUCCUAAAAGGAUUACAAUUGCUAGAGAUUGUUGGGAUUUAUAG